AUGACAUGCGUGGAUCAACGAGUUCAUAUACAAUCUUCAGGUUCCACAAAACCAUCUCAUGACUACACACGAAAGCUUACAACUGGAACAAAGUCACAAGCUCUUUUUCAAUUGCAUAAGAAAUUUAAGGACAUGGACGGUAGACUCAAAGAUCAGCUUCAUAGUGAUAAUAGUGUAGAUUUUACUUCUACGCGGGUUGUCGUAAAUGCGGUAGAUGUCGGAGGUGACUUUAAUAACAAGGAAGAGUUUGAUGAUUGUGAUAGCAUGCUCACAUGGAUUCGUAGGAGUGCAACUAACAUUGGUUUUGGUGUGGUAAAAGGAAGAUCAGAUAAUGGUUCGAAAAGAAGAAACGCUUUCAUAACAGUGUUGUGCGAAAGAAGCGGGAAAUACCAUACUCCUCUACAUAAGUUUAAAAGAGACGACAUGGGUAGUAGAAAAUGUGAGUGUCCAUUUAAAAUCCGUGGUUAUAUGUUGGCUAGAAAGAAGUGGAAAUUUAGGGUUAUUUCUGGUUUGCAUAACCAUGAAUUGUGCUCAAAGUUACAAGGUCAUCCUAGUGCAUGUCGGCUCAAACCGGAAGAGAAGACAUGUAUUAGUGACAUGUUCUUGAAUAUUGUCCAACCUAAAAAUAUACUUUCCACAUUGAAACGGAAGGAACUCGAAAGCGUAUCAAAUAUAACGCAAGUGUAUAACAUCCGGUACUGCAAUAAUAAGGCGAUUAGGGGAGAUAAAAGUGAGAUGCAACAAUUGUUGGAUGAUAACAAUUAG